UGCAUGUGACGGCACUGGUGUGCAGCGGAGGAUGGGAACAGAGCCACUGGUUCCUGCUCGGUGUGAGGAGCUGCUGUGGGCUGGAGGAGGAGGAGCGGGUGGGGCCUGGCUCUGGUCACUGACCGGAGACUCUCCUGGAUUUGAUUCGGCUGUGAUCCGACCGCAUGUCUGACCCAGGGGUCCGUCUGCUGCCGGGAGCGAGCUGCACUCAUCCCCCGUCACAUGUGACAGAUGGAUGCGGGGCCGUCGUCGCGCUGCAGGAGGAUGAAAGCGUCGAGCUUCUUCUAGGCUGGUAACGGGAGCCGCCGCUCGGCCCUUUCUUUAUUAUAGGGACGAGUCAUCCGCGGUUCGCGAUGUGAAGAUCGACCGAUAAUUCUCAUCUCGCGAUCCUGACGAAUAAUUAUGAACAACGCGCAGGAUAUGUCGCCGGAUUUCGUGUUGAUGCGCCUGGUGUCCGCGGCGGAGGAUGACCGCCUGGACGCGGAGAACGGGAACGUGCCGCCGGGAGGAGUGGUGCCGGGGCUGGGGAAGGAGGUCCUGGCUCACAGCGGCGUCAAGGCGGGUUUGGAUAUAAGCCGAGAUCCGACGGCGGGCGUCGAGCAUCCCGGGGGCCGCCUGAACAAAGGCCCGUUGAGCGGGGAGGGCACGGCUGCACCUGACAGCGGGCUGCCGGAGAGCAGAGCCCCGCUGUCCGCGCCUCCUCCGCCGCAGAGCCCCAUGGAGGCCCAGGGCUUUGACUUCGCUCCCAGCCCCGGCCUCCGGCCUCAGCUGCUGGUCUUCUCCAACAUAAUGCGGAACGAGGACGGGAUUCUAGAAUUGGACCGACGGAAUCAGCCGAGGGAUGCGGUGGGUCUGGAGCCGAGCCCGGGCUCCGGCUGCUCCGGCCCGGCUGUCAACAACAACGGUCCCGGGGACUCGCAGCAGGAGCGGAUCUCCGUUUCCGCGGACAUGCAGGGAGCCGCGGAGCUGUGCCGCCGGCAUCGGCUCAUCUACCCGCCCGAGUGGCCCUUGUUGUCGGAGAGAUCCAACCCUCUCACCGUGAUCGAGUCCAAAUGGGGCUGCGCCUCCAGGGACCGGGAGGGAGCCGUGUUCGAGCUGGCCCGGCGGUUCGGGGAGCUGGGGGUCGGCGCGGUCCCCAAGAUGCUGUUUAAAGCCGGGGAGCUCCCGCAGUGCUCGUGUCAGGGUGCCCACGGGCCGGGGGGAGGGCGAGUGGAACCCGGGGAUGACCCCACCGAGACCAGCGAUGCUCUGCUGGUGCUGGAGGGGCUGGGGAGCGGGGACGUGGCCGGCCUGGGCAUGGAGCAGUGCCCGGAGGACGACACGGACGACGAGACCGGACGCCGCGAGUUUCUACUCAACAGGAAAAGGGAAAUAGUUCAGAAGAUGUCCGGAGCUUUCUCCAUCAGCAGCUUCCAGGCGGAGCUGCGGCGGCAGGUGGAGGUUCUGGCCCCGGCGGCGGCGGCCCAGGUGUGCAGCCUCCACGGGAGCGCGGCCGGCCGCCUGGCGCAGGUCAGCUCCGGGGACUCCGAGGUCGUGGCGCAGGUUUCAGCCAUGUCCCCGUCCCCCACCCCGGUCCAGAGCUCCCCCUGGGCCGCGAGUCCGAACCUGAGCCUGGCGUCCACCCCCAGGAGGCGGCCGGAGCGGUGCGCCAGCGCGCCGCGGACCCCCACGGGCCGGGCGGCAGGGGCGGACAAGAGCCUGAAAGUCCCGGGCAAGUCCAAAAAGGGCUCGUUAAAGAUCCGCCUGAGCAAACUGUUCCGGACUAAAAGCUGCAGCGGCUCCAACCACCUGCUGGACAAGAGGCCCUCGGUCACAUACUCGGUGUCCUCCGCCGGGAGCCUGGUGGACAUGGCGAGCUCUGCUGGAGCUGAGCAGGACAGCCACCACCAGCCCAGACUGACCAGGGCCCACAGUGCCUUCUCCCCCGCCUCCCUCUCCGCCUCCCUCUCUGCUUUCACUGGUGAGACUGUUUCUCUGGUGGACGUGGACAUUUCUCGGCGAGGGGCGAACACGCCACACCCUCCCACGCCGCCCCCUCCUCCACGCCGGAGUCUCAGUCUGCUAGAUGACAUAGCCGGGCCUCAGCCUGGGCCUUUCCUAGUUAUGGGCGCCUCCCUGCAGUCCCUCCCCCUGCCUCUCCCUCCUCCUCCUCCUCCCUCCCACGCCACCAUCCAGCACAGUCUCAGCCUCAAUGACGCCUUCCUCCGGGCCCUCCCUCAUUCGACCCCAUCGCCGGUCGACGCGUUACCCCCGUCCAGACAGGCUCCGCCCCCUAUGCUCUGUGCACUGCGGCGCUCUGAGGCCAGCAACUUCACCGCCAGUCUGAGGGAGCUGGAGAAGUGCGGGUGGUACUGGGGUCCGAUGAACUGGGAGGACGCAGAGAUGAAGCUGAAGGGGAAACCGGACGGGUCCUUCCUGGUCCGAGACAGUUCAGACCCCCGAUACAUCCUGAGCCUCAGCUUCAGGUCGCAGGGGGUAACGCACCACACCCGCAUGGAGCACUACAGAGGGACAUUCAGCUUGUGGUGUCACCCCAAGUUUGAGGACCGCUGCCACUCGGUGGUGGAGUUCAUCGAGCGAGCCAUCAUGCACUCCAAGAACGGAAAGUUCCUGUACUUCCUGCGCUCCAGAGUCCCAGGGCUUCCUCCCACUCCAGUUCAGCUGCUCUAUCCCGUAUCUCGCUUCAGCAACGUGAAGUCACUACAGCACCUCUGUCGCUUCUGCAUCCGGCAGAUCGUUCGCAUCGACCACAUCCAGGAGCUUCCACUGCCCAGACCUCUCAUCUCCUACUUGAGUAAGUUUUAUUACUACGACCCGGAGGAGGAGAUGUACGUGUCGAUCAAGAGCAUCCAGAGGGUGGUGGGAGCCGCGCAGGAGGCGGAGUCACAGACGUAGCAUUGGAGAUCUUCUCAGCUCAAGUUUCUGUGUGGAGGACUGAUCUGAACUGGUCUUCCAGCAUCAGCCGAUCCCAGUCCCUGAAAAUCUCUGUGUCCGGUUGGACGGGGACAGAACCGCCUCUCUGUUGAUUUGGACUAAUGAAAGGAGGGACAGUGUUUCCAGACUGAGGUUGUGCCGCUGCCGGGGACUCGUCCUCUGAGGGACGGCAGAGACGCUCUCGCCUGCGGACACGUCGCUGGAAACGAAAAGGAAAUUUUGAACUUGAUUUGCAAAUUUCCCCGAAACCUGCUGAACUGGACUGAAAACACAAAUGCACUGGUCAGUUUUUACAACUGUUGUUUGCUGCCGUUUUCUCGUUUUUCCUUCCAUUCUGUCAAGAUGAGUGAUUCUGGAUGAAGUGUCGCCUGCAGGAGGGAUUCACACACACGAGGCAGGGCCGCGCUCGACCACCGCCCCGCUCGACCACCGCGCUCGACCACUGCCGAGCACGGGGCAUAGAGAUGGAGCCGGAGAGAAAUGAGUCAAAAUCAAGUUUCCAUUGUUAGCAAAAAUACUACGACUAGCAAAAUGACAUGAUGGAUUAAAUUAAAUCAGAAGUUUAUUCUGCUUGUGACACCAGCUGACCCUGACAGAUGUGAUGAACUCUUCAGAACUCCUCAACCUGAAGGUCAUUAGUUUCUUUAUCGGCUGAUCACACUGAGGUUCUGUUGAGUUUCACUCGGCUCUGAUCCUCCUGCUGGUGGUGUUUCUCAGAAGCUCCAGACGCUGCUGUCAGGAACGUUUCUACACCAAUCAAAUAAAAUACGCCAAAUUAAAAAAUCAUUAUUAAUUCAAGUCCACUUCACCCGUGUCUCAUAAACACUGAGGCUCCGUCCACACUUAGAAACACAUCCACCCUGCUACAGAUUCCUCCGGCGUCCACACUGCUCCGGAGUUCUAGAGCCGGUUUUAGUUUGAAAACUCGAUGUGAACAGAUGAAAUGCUCGUUCACUCCCAGGUGAAGUGACUCAGGUUCUAUGGGCGUGAGUCUGAGCUGAGUGGGUUCUACCUUCAGAACCUUCAGUGUUACUGGAGAACCCUUCAGUGUGCUGGAAGCGUUAACACGUCUAACAGCACCUCCAAUCCUUAUUCUUUUAAAUAAUUCGUUUUGUUUAUAAUAAUAAUUAUAGAUGGAGGUAUUUAACCUGACACCACCAGAGGGAGACGUUUGAUAUCUGAGGAAUUCUUUCUAAACAGUCAACAGGAAACACUAAAAUUCACUUUAUAUAUAAAACUAUGUUUUAAACAGAGCUACAGUGGCUCAGAGCAGAUUUAUCUUUUACAGCGUCACAGCUCAUUGGGACCGAAGCAGGAGGAUGAAGGAGUUUUGUAAAUAAACAUCAGAUCUAUGAUGAGACAUUGGUUUGAAUUUGGAGUCGAUGCAUCGGGAGGUUGAUGCCUGGUUUCUGAUGCCCUGCCUCAUGACGUGUGUCUGUCCGCUCGCCGCUCUGCACCUCUUCUCUCUGUGGAGAGGCCCAGGUGUGUUCUGUUCACUCUGUUUCUCAGUUCCCUGAAGCUGCAGCGACCCGCUCAGCGUUUUCAGUAAAAAAGAAAGAGAAGAAAAAGACAAAUAAACGUUGGUAUG